UUAUUUUUUUUGCUGGUGAAGAAGCAGCAACCAUGUCUGGCACCGGGGGAGGGAAGCGAGCCUCAGGUGGGGACAGCUCCCCUGGUCCACCUGAGAAGAAAUGUAAAAAAGAGGAAAAGACCACCACCACUCUCAUUGAGCCCAUACGCAUUGGGGGAGUGUCCUCUACGGAGGAGAUGGACAUGAAGGUGAUCCAGUUUAAGAACAAAAAGCUGAGUGAGCGUCUGGAGCAGAGGCAGACCAUGGAGGAUGAGCUGCGGGAGAAGAUCGAGAAGCUGGAAAAGCGACAAGCUACUGACGAUACCACACUGCUCAUUGUGAAUCGCUACUGGUCCCAGUUGGAAGAAAAUUUUCACGUCCUGCGCCAACGCAUUGACCCCACGGUGGUCCCGGCACCCCCUACUCCUGUUUCUACCCCUACCCCGAUGGACGCGGAUGGCAUGAUGAUCCCACCACCCCCUCCCUCAGCCCCACUCCCAGUGCCAGAACACGAGGAGAAACGGCCUCCACCACCCGACGGUAUGGAGAUAGCCCGUGAACCACAGCAGGACUCUACAACCGCCCCGCCGCCCACUACUACCCUCAGUGAGAGUACCAAAGCCUUCCUCUCCACUUUGGACAACAGCAGUGAGGAGGAGCUCAGCCUGCAGCUGCGGGACAGGAUGCAGUUCAGCAAGGAGGCCGCUGCCUGCAUGGUCUGCGUCUUCGACAGGCUGCACAGCCGCAUCAACGGCCUAUGCACCCAGUUCCUGUCCUCAGCGUGUGACGAUGACAGCCAGGAAGAGAUGCUCCGUCUGAAUCGUACUCUGCUAGAGGAGAAUGGCAGACUGCAAGACCUGGCCUCCUCCCUGCAGGGCAGACACCACAAGAUGUCUAUGGAGUACAACGAGCUUGUGGAUAAGGUGACAAGCUCGGAGACCAAGGUGUCUGAGAUGGAGACUGCUGUGGAGGAUCUACAGUGGGACAUCGAGAAGCUCCGUAAGAGGGAACAGAAGCUAAACAAGCAUCUGGCUGAGGCAUUGGAGCAGUUGACCUCUGGCUACUACACCACUGGCAGCUCAGGGGGGCUACCCGGUGGCCAGAUCACCCUCAAUAUACAGAAGUUUGAGAGCCUGAAUGCAGAGUUGGAGCAGAACCAGGAGCUGGCCAACAACCGCAUGGCAGACCUGGAGAAACUACAGCAGGAGCUCCAGGAGGCUGUCAGGGAGAGCGAGAAACUCAAGUUGGACCUGAAAAAUAUUCCAGAGGAUGUGGUGAAAGAGACCGCGGACUACAAGUGCCUGCAGUCCCAAUUCUCCCUGCUCUACAACGAGUCUUUGGGGGUGAAGACCCAGCUGGAUGAGGCCCGGGCCCUGCUCCUCACCGCAAAGAACGCCCACCUCCGACAGAUAGAGCACAUGGAGAGUGACGAGCUGUCCCUACAGAAGAAGCUCCGCACAGAGGUCAUCCAGCUGGAAGACACGCUGGCCCAGGUGCGCAAAGAGUACGAGAUGCUGCGCAUCGAGUUUGAGCAGAACCUGGCGGCCAACGAGCAAGCAGGCCCAAUCAACAGAGAGAUGCGCCACCUCAUCAGCAGCCUCCAGAACCACAACCACCAGCUGAAAGGUGACGUGCAGCGUUACAAGCGGAAGCUCCGAGAAACACAGAUGGAGAUCAACAAGUUGCGGUGUCAGAGUGGUGACACCGGGCUUCUGUCAUUGGAGGAGCCGGUGAGCGACAGCCUGGAGGUGAAGAAAGAGGAGGAUGAAGACCAAGAGGAGGAGGAGGAGAGGAGGAGGGAGCUGGAGAGACAGCGGGCCCGGGAGAGAGAGAGGGAGACUGAGAGGGAACGAGAGAGGGAGCGAGAAAGAGAGCGACAGCGCAGCGAGGAGUUGAAGAGGAAAGAUUCGGACACCCUGAAGAUGCUGAGGGCGGAACUUAAGAAAGCCCAGGAGUCUCAGAAGGAGAUGAAACUACUUUUGGACAUGUACAAAUCAGCUCCCAAAGAGCAGAGGGACAAAGUGCAGCUUAUGGCAGCAGAGCGCAAGUCUAAAGCCGAGGUGGAUGAGUUGCGGGUGCGUGUUCGAGAGCUGGAGGAGAGGGAGAGGAAGGAGAGCAAGAAGCUGGCUGAUGAGGACGCUCUCAGGAAGAUCCGUGUGGCAGAGGAGACAAUCGACCACCUACAGAAGAAGCUCACGGCCACCAAACAAGAGGAGGAGGCCCUACUGAGUGAGAUGGACGUGACGGGCCAGGCCUUUGAGGACAUGCAGGAGCAGAACAGCCGGCUGAUGCAGCAGCUGAGGGAGAAGGACGACGCCAACUUCAAGCUGAUGUCAGAACGCAUCAAGUCCAACCAGAUCUACAAGCUGCUGAGGGAGGAGAAGGAGGAGCUGGCUGACCAGGUGCUCACCUUCAAGACCCAGGUGGAAGCCCAGUUAUUGGUUGUACAGAAGUUGGAGGAGAAAGAGGGCAUCCUCCAGAGCUCACUGACCAAUCUGGAGAAAGAGUUAGGAGUUCGCAUACAAGCACUAGAACUCAACAAGAGGAAGGCGGUGGAGGCAGCCCAGCUGGCUGAGGACCUUAAGGUGCAGCUGGAUUACACCCAGUCCAAGCUGAGGAAGAUCCAGGUAUCUGUGUCUGAGAACCGCAACGCCAGAGAGCGGGAGUUGGGCAACCUCAAAAGAGCGCAGGAGGACCUGUCCAGGCUACGACGAAAGCUGGAGAAGCAGAAGAAAGUGGAGGUGUACACUGAUGCUGAUGAGAUCCUGCAGGAGGAGAUCAACCAGUACAAGGCGAAGCUGCGUUGUCCGUGCUGCAACACCCGCGACAAGGAGACCGUGCUCACCAAGUGUUUCCACGUUUUCUGCUACGAGUGUCUGAAGACUCGCUACGACACCCGACAAAGGAAGUGCCCCAAGUGCAACUGUGCCUUCGGGGCCAACGACUUCCACCGCAUCUACAUCACCUAACUGCCGAGGAAAAGAAGAGAACAGGGAUAAGGGAGGGGAGGAAGAAAAUGAAAAAAUGGAUGGAAGUGAGUGUGGUUGGAGAGCUUAGUUUUGUCUUUGCUUUCUCGAAGGACUUUCAUAUAUUGCGUCAUUGCCGGUUGGUGCUAGUGACCAAACAGAUAGUUGUGACUAAGUGAGAGUCUAUAAAACCGAAGUGCACAUACCAAGGUAUUCAUACUUCUGGAUACUCUGUU